UCUCUCAUAUGCCCCCCAAAGUUCUCUCCCACGAGCCCUCAGUUCUCUCUCUCCUCGAAAUUUUCAAGAACAUAUUUUCAGGGUGCCAGCUUGGUGGGCUUCAAUACAUUUCACAUGGAAGAUAUUUGUUUCAAAAUUUGAAAGGAAAUGAUCACAUUAUUUGUGCAUGAUCCCCACUUCAAUCACCUCGUUCUUAUGUAUUCACCACCUCUCUCUCUCUCUCUCUAACCCCCCUUUUCCCUCUUAAUUCUAGGUGUUUUAUUAUAAUCCCUAAUGCGUUAUUUAAUAACUGGAUCUGCAAUUUUAUUUGACACUUUGCUGCCGACUCUUUAUUCUCAACUUUGCUUUUGAUCAGUGGGGCAGAUCUUUCUGAUUAGUUUUAUUCCUUAUCAUUGGUUAACUACCACCUUUUUCAUCUGAUCUUGUUCUCUUUCUUAAAAUUUUGUCUUUAACUGUAUUUCUGGUUUUCUUUAUUUCCACAAUGAAGCAAGUGGAACAAAAACUGGAGUUUUUCAUAGAUUUAUGAUUUGAUAUCUCUAUACUCUCUCUGUCGAUGAGGUGAGUCCUCUGGCUUUGCAAAAUUCUUUAUUCCCAGUUUGGUUUUGUUAUUCAAUAAUUUAGUGAAUUACAUGUUUUUUGCUUUAUUAAUUUGGUGAUAUUGUUUUGUUCUUUGUCUUUCAUGGUGAAAAGUAAAUAUGGAAUCUUUAGCUUGGGCCCCUAUCAUUCAAAAAAAAAUCUUUAGGCUUGGGUCCCAGUUUCCUCUUUUGUUCGAUAACCUUUUUUUUUGGGCCAAAUUUUCUGUUGACUUAAAUGAAAAGAUAUAAAUGGGUUUUGUUAGAAUAUUCCACAUGAGAGAUAUUCCUCUGUUAUAUCAUGAAUUUCGAUCAGAUGCCAAUAUUCCACAUGAGAGAUAUUCCUGUGUUAUAUCAUGAAUUUCGAUCAGAUGCCAUGAAUUUUAUUGAAUUCUACAUCAAUUGACUUCUGGUUUGAUACAAUUCAUUCUGUUUCUGAAAUUAUCAAUUUGGAUCUCCAUAACCAAUUCAAACAUAGAAAACUAGCUAUGUCGGGGGCUUCCGUAUCAUGCCAAGCUUACUCUCGAAAUUUCAGUUCCUUACUGGUCUAUGCGAUUCUUGAAUGGUUCUUAAUACUCUUGUUAUUCCUCAAUGCUGUGCUCUCUUAUGUCGUGACCGAAUUUGCUGAUUUCUUUGGAUUGCAAACUCCAUGUCUAUUAUGCUCAAGAAUUGAUCACAAAAUAGGGAGCCAUGAACCUGGUUUUUACAGAAAGUUGAUCUGCCACUUCCAUGGUUUGGAGAUAUCCUCUCUCGCCUACUGCCACGUCCAUGAAAAACUAGCAAAUGUCCAGAAAAUAUGUGGGAAUUGCCUUCCUCCCUCUCAAAUCGGGAAGGGUUCUAUCUCCUCUAAAUUGGGCAUCGGACGCGAUACAGGUGAUCGCAGAAAUAUGCUAAAAUUGGCUGCAACUAAUGAUGACGUUGAUUACGAUGGAUUUUCCAUGGAUGUGCAUGUUGAUGACCUGGAUCAUGAUCCCUUAAUUGAGAAUUCUGCAGAUGAUUCUAAUGAAAUGAGAAAUUGUUCUUGUUGUGGGGUGACUUUAAGGAGAAUAUCUGACUCCUUAGACGAUGGUCAUGGAACCCAACAAGAGAAUUUGAAUAAGAAAAAGAGAGAGGGAUAUGAAUCAUCCCAAAUUGCUGGGUAUGCCACGAAGUUUGGGUCCGACUCUUCACAUUUCAGAUAUGAAAGACUGAACAUUACAUCUGAUUCAGAAUCAGAAGUUCCUUUCUCAGACAAGGAUGAUAUUAGUGCUUCAGCUGUUAUGUCAAAUAUAAUCACUUCUAGACCUAAAUCUGGAAAUCCUCGACCCAUUCUGCAGAGCCUGAGCAGACAGAAUUCAGUUCCUUUAUCUGAGGCUCCUUUGUUGGUUUCAGACAAGCCAUUAGGGUUUAGGAGAACAAGCUUGCCUUAUGAUGAAAAUAAUGGUUCAGAUGAUAACCUCAGUAUGGAAAGGACUUCUAUGGAAGAGACAAAGGAAGCUGUUCUAGUUGGACUUGAUUCAGAGGAGCAUGACCGAGGCAAUGUUUCGAAAGAAGCCAAACAAAAGAUGGGUGCUAAGUAUAUCGACAAAGCAGAGUGCUUUCAUCAUGAUACAAAUGGAGAAUCUUCGGGUAGCAAGGGUGGAACCAUCAAAGCCAAAGAAGCGCUCAUUCGAACUGAUUCGAACUUGAUAUCAAGAAGGGGAAUAGGUGAGCCUGGUCCUUCUGGGUCUACGACUUUGGACCUAAAUGAGGCAUACAUUCUGGCUAUAGGAAGUAAGGGCAGCCCACCUAUUGGAAAAGACCCAAGUCGAAUUCAAGAUGAUCUGAAAUUGUUAUUAUCUCCCCUACCAUCUUUUCGUGGCCUUGAGUUUUUACCCGCUGAUAGUCCAAGAACCCAGAAGACCAAUGAAGCUUUUAGGCUUGCUGGUGCAUCUAGUCCAAUUGAUCUUCAUAAGCUUUACAAGAAGAUUUCUAUGGAUAGAAAGGAAUCAGGCAUGGAGUCACUGGAUGGUAGUGUUCUGAGUGAAAUUGAAGGCGAAAGUGGGGUGGAUCGCCUGAAAAGGCAAGUUGAAUUCGAUCGAAAGUCCAUGCGUGCUUUGUAUAGAGAACUCGAAGAAGAGCGGAGUGCAUCUGCUAUCUCAGUGAACCAGGCGAUGGCCAUGAUUACUCGGUUGCAGGAGGAGAAAGCGAUGAUGCAAAUGGAGUCUCAGCAAUACCAGAGAAUGAUGGAGGAGCAAGCAGAAUAUGACCAAGAAGCAUUGCAGAAAUUGAAUGAUCUUCUUGAUAAGAGAGAGAAGGAAAUGAAAGAUCUUGAGGAAGAGGUCAAAAUGUACAGGAAAGAGCAAAAAGACGGGGAAGUAAGAGAAAGCAAAGGGAAUAAAAUGGGUAUCUUAGAGGAAACAUUUGUAGAUCCGGAAGAUGAAAGAUUGCACAUCUUAGAAUGCCUGGAAAACUUGGAGAAGAGGCUGUACUCAUAUACCAGUGUUGUGGACACUAGUACUCCGGAAAAUAAUGUUAAGAGAGAGAAUGAUUUGGGAACCAUUGAGAGUGAAGUGAAGACAUUGAGAGCGAGGUUGGAAGCCAUUGAAGAGGACCGUGAAUUUCUGCUGCACAUUGUUAAUUCCCUGAGGAAAGGAAAUACAGGGAUAAAUCUCAUUCAAGAGGUUGGUCAACACUUGAGGGGCUUAAGAGGAAUGCAGAAGUAAAACAUACAUGGUUUUGCUAGGGGAUCUUCUACGGCAGAUAAUCACUAUGUGGCCACAAUCAGAAGCAGCUCGGAUAGAAACUUGUACUCGGGAGAUUGUCUGCAAGUUUUGCCUUAAUUUACUGUAAUGUUUUCACUUCUUCCACUUCACUCAUUUAUUAAUUCCUUCAGUAUUCACAGCUUGCUAGCCCAAUGGAACCACAAAAAGACAACAUAAAGCCAGUUAUAUAUCUGACAAACGUAAAAGAAUCAGCCAUUGCACAGGCAAUUCAUGAUCACUUCCCAUGAAAGAAUACCUUAUUAGCAAUUUAUGAUCAUUUCCAUGGUGACAUUUGGGGUGUGAAGAAUCUUACUUUACAGUCGGUCAAAUUGGAUUAAGAUAAACCACAAUUCAAUACUUUUACUGUUAGAAUCUUUAGACUUCUUUGUACUUUUGUUUGUGAUAUUGCCAAAGUUUUUCAGUCAGCUUUAAAUGGAGAAUUCCGAAUUAUGGAAUUUAGAGUCUAUCAUAGAAGUGUCCUCUGUACGUGUCCUGGUAGUUACAAUCCAUUUAUGCAUGCUGUUGUUGGGAUUUUGCCCUAUUGCCCUGCUGUAGCAAGGUGUGAAUGGUGGAAAUAAUGGUUGGAUAAGCCUGCUAUCAUGCAUGUGCAUGAUGCAUACAGACAUUGUACUCACACCAGUUUUAAAUGAUUGGAAGGGUCGAAACGGUCCCCUGUUCGUUCCAAGACGAACCAGCUGAAUUGACAAGUUGACUUACUUGACUCAGCCAACUUCUCCUAAAAAAAUAAAGUUACCGAACUUUAAAGUUUAGACAAAGUUUAGGUACCUCAAAUCAUUCUAAAAAUAUAUUUUUUUGCAUUAAACAAAUAUGAUUUUGGGGUGAGUAGGUACAAGUUCCGAUUUAGUGAGAAACUUGGACCAGUCACUCACCAGUUCCGAGUUGAACCAGGAAAAUCAGCCCAUCCGAUCCGAUUUUUAGAACCUUGACUCACACACUUAUUUACAUUCAUGUUCAUGUGCAAGUGAUAUAUGCACCUGAAUGCUUGAUAUACGUGCAUGAGUCAUACGCAUGAUGUAUGAGUAUGGGUGCAUAUGUGUUUGCAUGCGCAGUAUGUGCGUACCCAUGCAUGAAUCUAUGUAUGCGUGUGGAAUUCUGAUUCAAUGCGAGUGAUACCAAUUAGACUUUCUUCAGAGAAUAAUUUAAAGAAGCCCACUGGCUUGACUUCUUUCCUCCAGGGGAUAGCUAUGAACGACCAAUUGUUAACUGAAAAGGAAGAGGUAAUGAGACGCUGCUCUUUUCGGGGAUGGUUCAGGCCUCUUUUCAUAAGGGAAGACAUUGGAAUGAGCAUCGAAGUUGAUUCUUAUUGAAUUAGACAAUGGAAUGAGCGUCGAAGUUGAUUCUUAUUGAAUUAGACCAAAAAAUAUUGUCCUCAGCGCGAAGAGUUUGAAAAGGCUGAUUUUAUCAUUUUUUUGGGGAUUGAGUGUCCAUAAUUGUAUUUUUGAUUUAUUUAUUUUUUUUGUAUUUUCUUUUCCCUCUUCUCAUGAUGUAAUGAGCAAUGAAUGUCAUGUGUGUCCUUUCGUCCCACCUUCUGAUAUUGUACAUUGUAACAAAUUUGGAUUUAACUUGGUUUGCUUAUAGUA